AUGCAAAAUGUUGAUAUAGGAGCAUCUACGACUACAACAGUCAAUAACAACUUAUGGGAAUUCACAGGCUCGAUCAAUGCCCAGAUCAAUGGAGCGGUAAGCGGAGCAGCACAAAUAAAUCUAGAUGGAAGCAACAUGUUUGUAAAUGCCAAUACCUUUAGUGGUCAAGUAGUCAAUUUAAUAAAUGGUGGUUCAUUUUUACAGACAAGUGAUCCGUUAAGUAAUAUUGUGGUAAUUAACGGCCUAGGGACCUCUGAUACUGGUGUUACGUCAAUCGCUGUGAAAGGCAAAGGAAAGUCUUUCACAUAUAAUCCAUCAAGUGGAAUAGUGAAAUUAACAACUGUAGAAGGUAAGACUUAUGCUUAUCAAAUUGGCUGCGGUUAUAAUACAAAAAAGUUUAUAACCAAUAAUGAUAGCGGAGCAUCAUAUGAAUCAGCUGACAACUUUUUUGUAUUGACAUACAGUGAACCUUACUCGCCACAGACCUGUCAAUUAGAAAAUUCCUCCAUAUUCUCUUCAAACUUUAUUUCAACGAGUACUUCAUCUUCAUCUUCAUCUUCAUCUGCAUCUUCAUUGCCAUCUUCAAUGUCAUCUUCAUUGCCAUCUUCAUUGUCAUCUUCAUUGUCAUCUUCAUUGUCAUCUUCAAUGUCAUCGUCAAUGUCAUCUCUCUUCAUCAUCCCCCCUCCUUACACAACUACCCGUUCAUCAGGAAGCAGUAUCAUCGACACAGAAAUAGUCUCCUUCUAUUCCACAACAGACUCUCCAGGCCACACCAUCACAGGAACUACAACAACAACCCUGUAUGGUCCACACACCCACAGCUCAGUUUCAACUCCAUCCUCCUCCUCUGAAUCAUCAACCACCUCCAAUUCAUCUAUCGAGAGCUCAUCCCUCCCACACACUUCCGUCUCAUCAACACCUGAGUCUUCCAUCACUCCAUCUUCCAACACCAUAUCUUCGAGUCCAACCUCUGACUUUUCCUCCGUGCAGUCCAGUUCCAUCAUGGAAUCCAGCUCGGUAGUUGCCUCCAGCUCCGUCAUCAACUCCAGCUCCAUCGUCGACUCUUCAUCUUCAUCUGCAUCUUCAUUGCCAUCUUCAAUGUCAUCUUCAUUGUCAUCUUCAAUGUCAUCUUCAUUGCCAUCUUCAAUGUCAUCUUCAUUGUCAUCUUCAUUGUCAUCUUCAUUGUCAUCUUCAAUGUCAUCGUCAAUGUCAUCUCUCUUCAUCAUCCCCCCUCCUUACACAACUACCCGUUCAUCAGGAAGCAGUAUCAUCGACACAGAAAUAGUCUCCUUCUAUUCCACAACAGACUCUCCAGGCCACACCAUCACAGGAACUACAACAACAACCCUGUAUGGUCCACACACCCACAGCUCAGUUUCAACUCCAUCCUCCUCCUCUGAAUCAUCAACCACCUCCAAUUCAUCUAUCGAGAGCUCAUCCCUCCCACACACUUCCGUCUCAUCAACACCUGAGUCUUCCAUCACUCCAUCCUCCAACACCAUAUCUUCGAGUCCAACCUCUGACUUUUCCUCCGUGCAGUCCAGUUCCAUCAUGGAAUCCAGCUCGGUAGUUGCCUCCAGCUCCGUCAUCAACUCCAGCUCCAUCGUCGACUCUUCAUCUUCAUCUGCAUCUUCAUUGCCAUCUUCAAUGCCAUCUUCAUUGCCAUCUUCAAUGUCAUCUUCAUUGUCAUCUUCAAUGUCAUCUUCAUUGUCAUCUUCAUUGUCAUCUUCAUUGUCAUCUUCAAUGUCAUCGUCAAUGUCAUCUCUCUUCAUCAUCCCCCCUCCUUACACAACUACCCGUUCAUCAGGAAGCAGUAUCAUCGACACAGAAAUAGUCUCCUUCUAUUCCACAACAGACUCUCCAGGCCACACCAUCACAGGAACUACAACAACAACCCUGUAUGGUCCACACACCCACAGCUCAGUUUCAACUCCAUCCUCCUCCUCUGAAUCAUCAACCACCUCCAAUUCAUCUAUCGAGAGCUCAUCCCUCCCACACACUUCCGUCUCAUCAACACCUGAGUCUUCCAUCACUCCAUCCUCCAACACCAUAUCUUCGAGUCCAACCUCUGACUUUUCCUCCGUGCAGUCCAGUUCCAUCAUGGAAUCCAGCUCGGUAGUUGCCUCCAGCUCGGCCACUCAAUCCAGCUCCGUCAUCAACUCCAGCUCCAUCGUCGACUCUUCAUCUUCAUCUGCAUCUUCAUUGCCAUCUUCAAUGCCAUCUUCAUUGCCAUCUUCAUUGUCAUCUUCAUUGUCAUCUUCAUUGUCAUCUUCAAUGUCAUCUUCAAUGUCAUCUCUCUUCAUCAUCCCCCCUCCUUACACAACUACCCGUUCAUCAGGAAGCAGUAUCAUCGACACAGAAAUAGUCUCCUUCUAUUCCACAACAGACUCUCCAGGCCACACUAUCACAGGAACUACAACAACAACCCUGUAUGAAUCAUCCAUAUACUCUUCAAGUUCGAGUACCAUUCAAGAGUCAGAAUUGAGCAAUACUUCAAGAACAACAAUGACUUCCAAUUCUUCAGUUUCUAUAAGUUCGACCUCAUCAAGAAGUUCCUUUUCAAAUACCAAAUCUUCAACCAUUGUAAUCUCUCAAUCAGCCUCUUUACCAGAUUCAAAAACAGAUAUAAUACUAUCCACAAGUUCGAAUAUCGGUUACUCAAGCAGAUCCUUGUUAUCAGAUCUUGGUACAAGUAUCUCUGACUCAGACAUUCAUCAUUCAGUGCUUCAUAGUACGGAGUCAUAUUCCAGCAACGAAUCUGGAACCAAUCCGUUCACUUCGAUUGCAUCGCUUUCCAAUUUCAUCCCAGAGUCUUCAUCCCACACUAGCACUGCUUUAGGCUCUGAAAAUUCAGUAAUAUCUAGUGAUAUAUUAACCACCAUGUCACAUCCUGUUGCUACAAAUUCAGGCGAUAAGCCGACCACACCAAAGAGAUCGGAACAGGUAUCUACCACAAUGACUAGUUCGGGACCUACUCCAGAUACAAGUUCAUUUGACACGGAUGGUAUGAGCGCAUAUUCUAGGCCCGAAUUUACUACAAACAGCUUAGAGGUUAACAAAUCAUCUACUUCUCAGCUAGGAAAUAAUAAACAAACUUUUUCAAACUUACAGUUAGAAAGCACAAGACCACACUCAGAAAACGAAGUAGAUAAUAAUACAAGGUUAUUACAAAGCAUCCAACAGUCUUCCACAUAUGGAACUAAUAACGUAAACCCUCUUUCGCCAACAGGAUCGAUAUCCAUUCCCUUAACCGAAGACGGCCAAGGCGAUAAUAACAAUUGGAAUUCUCCAGCAACAAAUGAUUUGUGCACCCAAAUAAGUUUCAAUUUAACUGCUACCACAAUUACUGUAACUGACAGAAUUACAAUAACGGAUAGCAUUCACGAUAUUUCAAGUGAGGUUAUAACAAGCUAUAUCUACCAAACAAUUGUUGACCAAAAAACAGUCACUCAAACAGUAGAUGGUAAAUCGCUGGCCAACAAAAUGUCAUCGAUUCCAAAACCGUCAUCUAGAAGUCUCAUACAACCACAGCCACCUGUUGCUAUCGAACUUCAAGAAGGCGCCGCAUCUACCAGUAGAGUGAGCUUAGUUUCGUUAUUCAUAUCAAUCAUUUUAGUUCUGUUAUAA